CUUGAGUACAUAUUUUUUUCUUAGAUUGUGUUAAUCAAGACAGUCAAAAUUCGUGUCAAAAACAAAGCACCGCUUCCCAUUUCAAAAAUGGACCACAAUGAAUCGGAUGUGGAGGAAAGUACGUCCAAUCUUGAAGAUCUAAACGAAUACGAGUAUGACUCAGAGGGGGAACAACGAGAAGAGUUUGUAAAUACCACAAGUCAAGUAAAAAUGGAAGAUGUUGGGGAUCCUGAAGUUUUUGCUAAACUAAAACGGCAGGAACAGGAAGAGCGGGAAGAAAUAGAACGUGAACUAAGGGCUCACAAGGAACGAAUACAACGAGAGGCUGUAGCAGCAAUUCAAAGACAAGCAACUGUUGCUGCUUCUGCUGGUGUCUUAGGUUUGACAGCUACGCCAACAUCUUUAAUUACAUCCAGUAUGUCAUCCCCACCCCCAGGCUUUCCGUUGUUUACUCCUCAAAUUCACAGCCGCCUUGUUCCAACUACUGUUCUCCCUUCCGUAAGUCCUGGAAGUUCAGCAUCCCACUCAACCCCUUCUCCAUCUAUGAAUAAUAUUGCAGCAUCUACGAGUAGCCAAACACAGAGUCAAGACCAAAACAAUUAUCCCUUCGAAGAACAGUUUGAACAGAAACCAUUCAAUGGAAGUACCUUAGGGACAAGAAUUGAUCGGGAAAAGAAUUCGGAAGCACUCGGGUCUGCUUCGUUGUACGAGUUGAGUGAUGACCCCCAGAGGAAAGAGUUCUUGGAUGAUCUCUUCCAGUUCAUGCAGAAAAGAGGAACUCCAGUGAAUAGGAUUCCAAUUAUGGCCAAGCAAGUAUUGGACUUAUACGAACUUUACAAACUUGUGGUAGCAAGAGGAGGUCUGGUGGAGGUUAUUAAUAAAAAGAUUUGGAGAGAAAUUACCAAAGGACUCAACCUUCCGUCUUCCAUUACCAGUGCUGCCUUUACACUACGCACACAAUAUAUGAAAUAUCUCUACCCCUACGAAUGUGAGAAGGAGAAACUCAGUACGCCGGAGGAGCUGCAGGCAGCUAUUGAUGGCAAUAGGAGGGAAGGGCGUCGUUCUAGUUAUACACAGUACGCCGAGAUGGUCAGUGGCUCACGGCACUCUCACCACACACCUCACCAUCAUCAUAACCAUCACCACCACAAUCAACCGAGCCUUCUUCAUCACGCUUCUCCUCUUGAUCUUGUAUCGAGACAAGUAAAUGGACACGGUUCAAACCACGGACUAUCAUCAGGAGAAGAGGAUAAUAGUUUGAGUAUCUCCACCACCCCUGCAAGAUUAAUAGUCCCGCAACAAGAGGCUUUGAAUCUUGAAAAACCUCGUAACUCAGAUCAUCUAUCUCGACCGCCAGAGAGCACCACACGCAAAAUAGAAGACAACAUCGCCACAUCUCCUGCAAAGCGAUUUCUUUCUGAAGAUGAACUUCUGUGGGCACGUACAACAAUGCCAAGUGCUCAUUUAAAAAUAACAAGCAGAGGUGAUGGGCGAGCCCAGGUAGACAAUUCCUUAGUAGUAAGUAUGGAAAUAAAUGGCGUGAUGUAUCAAGGAGUCCUGUUUGCUCAAACACACCGAAGUCGGUUGACGUAACGGCCAUUUUACUCUCAACUCAUACAGUGCCUUUUUCUUCUUGAUCGUGUGACAGAAGAUUGACGUUUGUCGUGUUUUUUUUUGUGCAAGACAAGGAACUGUCUGCUAUGAUGCUGCUGCUAUCUGUACACUGAAAUAUUUUUGGCAGCUAGCAAUGUAGUCUGUCUUCUAAUGACUUCAUAAUUUCCCAUUAUAUGUCUUUGUGGUUGUAGAGCUUGAAACCAAACAGAAAUCGAGAAACAUAAAGAUCUGAAGCAUUGGACUUGUCAUUUCCAUGGGCAAUCCGUCGUUUUAUUGUGACGUUUUAUCCAUUGACUUCCUACCAUGAGGAUUCAUCGACUCAGUCUUUCUUAGUGAUGAGCGUAUUUGCAGUUUAUCUAUUGGUUUUCCUAAUGUGAAGAUUAUCAACUUAGUCUUUCUUAUUGAUGAGCUUAUUUGCAGUUUAUCUAUUGGUUUUCCUAAUGUGAAGAUUAUCAAUUCAGUCUUCUUUAUUGAUGAGUUUAUCUGCAAUUUAUAUAUUAAUUUCCCUAAAGUGGAACUUGUUAAUACAAUCUCUCUUAUUGAUGAGCUUGUCUGAAGUUUAUCUAUUGAUUUCCAUAACGUGAAGAUUAUCAACCCAGUCUUUUUUGUUGAUGAGCUUAACUGCAGUUUACGUGUAGAUUUUUUAACGGGACGAUUGUCAAUUCAAUCUUUUUUAUUGAAGAGCUUAUCUACAGUUUAUCUAUUGAAUUUCCUAACGUGAAGAUUAUAUUCAGCCUUUCUUAUUGAGGAGCUUAUCUGCAGUUUAUCGAAUGACCAUCCUACAACAAUAAUAAUAUUGUUUCUUAGAAGUGUCAAAACGUUUUUUUUUAUCGUUGUUUGUACUCAGCGUAUAAAAAAAAUAUUACGAAUACAAUCUCUAGCUCAUUUUAUCUAACAAAAUAAGCCAUGCAGAGUAUUUGUGUCGAGAUACAUGAUUUAGUGCGUGCAUGUGAUAGGAUUUUCGUUGUUUAAAAGAAAUGUAGGUCAGGUCACAAUCACGCCUUUUUGUUACUUUAUCUCUUACGUGUUUUUUUUUAAAUCUAAUGUAUAUAAGAUAGCCCCAUAAUUUCAAAUGACAUAUUUCAAUAUUUAUUUAAACACAGCUAUUCCGA